CCCAUGAGGAGCUGCAGGACCUGGUCUGCCAGCUUUAUAGGGGGGUCUCAUCCCAUGGAGAGGAGUCCCCAGCACUCCAGGGGACUGAAACCCCAGGGCGCUCUGCUCAGGCCUCCGAUCCCAGCCCAGAGACAGGUCCUCCCACACUUGCUGUUCACGAAAUCCUUCGGGCUCACCCUGUAACUGUGGGAUGUGCUCGUCUUGGAGGGCGAGCGGGUACUGAUGGCCAUGGCGCAUGCAUCAUUCAAAAAACACAGGAAGCGCCUCAUGAAGCUUUGCUAGAGCACCGUCUGGGAGUUUCAGGAGCGACUGUCUCAGAGCUGGGCCCUGGAGGACAACACGGUCCUCAGGAACCUUCAAACCUCCAUGAAGGAACUCACAAGGAAACACUGGGACCUGUCACCCCCAGCAGAACUCAAGUGAGCAUCCUCAAGGGCGUCCCCUGGCAUUGGGCCCCUAUGUGAGGGGGACAGACUGGCUCUCCCCACCCCACCAGCUCAGCUCCAGGGACUCAUGCCAUCAGUCCCUCAGGACAAAAGCCUUGUCCUCCCCCAGCUUGGCCUGACUGGGCUGUCCUCAAGGCUGAGGCCGAGGCCCAGCAGCACAAGGCGGCUUCACCAGAACCCAGUGAGGCAAGCCACUCUGUGAGGGGCCCAGAGGCUCAAGAUGAGGCCAGCCUGUCACCCAGUGAGGUCAGGCCUUGUAUAUGAAAAUGCCUGUGCUGGAACUCUAUGCCACAGCGCCCGACAGACCUGGACGUUGGGAGCCCAUGGUUCCCCAGCUACAAUUUUGAACAGGGCUACUGUGCCCCUGUCACUUCCAACAUCUUACCUGGGCAGCUCUGGAACCACAGGCCAGGCCUGGUCCAGCAAACCCCCUGGGACCCUGAUACCAGGCCCUGCCUGGGCUUAUGACAGAGAGGACGCAGGUCGAGAGACCCCCCAGCAGCAAGGUGGCGCCUGCCUGCAAACCCCCCUCGGUAGAAGAAGAACUUGGAAUGGAAGGAGCCCAGACGGUACCCGCCCAGCUGCCUUACAGCCCCAGAUGGCUGCUGGACCUUGGUUUUUAUUGCUAUUUUAUUGUUUGGCCUUUGGGCCUUGGGAAAUUCCAUUUAGUGGGGAACUCGGUCCCAUCAAGGCCUCUGGAGGGAAGGCUGAGCAUGGGGGCCCUGCAGCCCCAGCCAGCCAGCCUCAGGCCAGGGGGCCACACGGGGACCCUAGGACUCCAGAGGCCCAGGCCUGUGGGGCUCAGCCCCGGAGAGGCCCUUGGGGCCUCUGACUCCACCUGUGGGUCAGAGCCCAU